CUGAGUACGCGGGAGUUUUUUUUUCUCGCGGCAAAAAGGAAAACACCGGCUUACCCUUCAGAAUGCUUGAAAAUUUACAAUGAAAAUGCUAUGAGUACGUAUUAUAUGUUAUUACACAUUGUUUGUGGAUAUUAGAGCAAAAUCAAAUAUCCACAUGUAACAUUCGCGAGGAGAAUUUUGAGAGGAACCGCUGCCCUCACUUGAAAAUAGUAAGAUUAGCAUGUGCACAACAGUUAGCUAGCUAGCCUGUGUAUUAUCAGACAUAGCUAAUUUAAGUGUUUAACGAGCUGCUUUAACCCAACGAAAGGGGAAAACAAACGAAAGCGAUGGCAUCGGUAGAUGUGGACAGUAUCAAGUCGGAACUUGAUAUGUUCGACAUCGCCUGCGAAGACGAGAUGGUCCUGGAGAAAAUGAUGGAGCAGUGCAUGUGUCACCGGCUGCAGAGCGAGGGCAUCGUGCUGGAGUGGGUCGCGUUUAGCACCACCAAGAACGGGCUAAAGCUGAGUCUCGACACGCUGGAGAGGUUUGAACACGAGGUGCUGAAUAAGAAAGUCAAGUCCAGGCCGAGCUUUUCCAAGAAGGAUGAGACCCUGAACAAGACCAGAGAUGUGAACUCUCUGCAUGACCUGAUCAAAGCUGAAGAGGAGGAGGAGGACCUGCUGGACUCCUACUCUACUCCUGCUAAGGGGUCCCAGAAGAGGGCCCUGACCACACCAGAACAUCCACGCUCCAAGAGGGGCACAUCUGUGAUGCCCAGCCCCCGGCAGCUCCUCUCUCCUGCCAGUUUCUCCCCCAGUGUGACCCCCUCUCAGAAGUACAGCGCUCGAGGGGCCCGGGGGGAGGUAGUGUCCACGUUCGGGAAGGUCCAGGGGGCCCAGUGGAGGGGUCAGAGGGCCAGGGGCCCCAUCAGGGCUGAGCUGCUGGAGGGCCCAGAGGAGUCGCUGGUCGGCAGCUACAAGUUCAUGUUCCAGAGGCUCCGAGACGUCCGCGAUGUGCUGGCUGAAAAGAUGGAAGAACUAGGGGAGGAGCUGAGGUUACAUUUCAACAUCGAGGAGUUCUCCCCUCUCUCACUACCGGCACAGGACAGCGUGACGGUGCUGGGGCAGGUGUGCUGUGACGGGAACGGGAAACUCAACGCCCAGUCUGUGCUCCUGGAGGCGGGGCAGGACCAGGGCGGGAGGCAGGUGCCUGUGGACCUAUCAGAGCUCACAGAGUUCUCCCUAUUCCCAGGACAGGUGGUCGUCAUGGAAGGGAUGAACACAUCUGGACGGAAGUUGAUGGCCUCUAAGCUGUAUGAGGGGAUACCUCUCCCGUUCUACGCUCCUGAUGAGCAGAGUGAUGAAAAGGUGGAAGAUGAUGAGCCUGUGAUGGUCAUGGUGGCCUGUGGACCGUACACUCCCUCUGACAGCCUGAGCUACGACCCUCUCAUCGACCUCAUCAGCCUCAUCGGCCGGGACCGCCCUGACGUCUGCAUCCUGCUUGGCCCCUUCGUGGAUGCCAAACACCAUCAGAUAGAGAAAUGUCAGCUGACAGAGACUUUUGAAGCGGUGUUCUCGAGAUGUGUGGACAGUAUUGUGGAAGGAACAAAGGGACUGGGCUGUCAGCUGGUGUUCGUGCCCUCCCUGAGAGACGUCCACCAUCACUUCAUUUACCCACAACCCCCCUUCACCCUGCCAGACCUGAGCAGAGAGGACUCAGAGCGCGUGUCUCUGGUGUCUGACCCCUGUACCCUUCUCAUCGGGGGCGUGACCUUUGGCCUGACCUCAACCGACAUAAUCUUCCACAUGGGGGCGGAGGAGAUCAGCAGCACAUCUGGUUCUGACCGGUUCACUCGCAUCGUAAAGCACAUGCUGACACAGAGAAGUUAUUACCCUCUGUACCCCCCGGCGGAGGAGGUGAACCUGGACUACGAGCGUUUCCAGAUGCACGGUCUGAUGCCCCUCACCCCCGACGUGCUCAUUGUGCCCUCUGAACUGCGCUACUUCAUUAAGGAUGUCAUUGGCUGUGUGUGUAUCAAUCCUGGCCGACUGACCAAAGGACAGGUGGGCGGGACCUACGGAAGGCUGCUUAUCCAGCGAGGGCCCUCAUUGGCUGAAGGAAAGAGACAAAAUCCAUGUGUUGCCGGUCAAGUGGUGAAAAUCUGAUUGUGGUUUUUUUUCCAGUUCUCAUCCCAGUGUACAGUUCUAGUUUAAAAUUACAGGAUUCCUCUUAUGACUCCAAUCUCUAAACCUCAGUGCUGUGUCUGUUUGUUUGUCCAUUUUGCGUUUUAAAUCCGACAGACAUCAGAUUUCUUAUUAAUUUCAAUCAUAUUUUUCCAAUAAAUUAUGUAUUCUCA